AUGAAGGAGCUGGUAGCCGGCUACUUUGACGAAUGGGCCGAGGCCAUCAGCAACCCCGACAUGGUGGCCCGGUUCAAGCAGUUCCAGAACACGGCCGACGCGGCGGACAACAUGGAGACUGAGCAGGACACAGGCCAGUGGCGCCCCGUCUACUGGCCCAGGGAGGCCGCCGCCCAGGACUUCAGCACCAUGCAAGGCCAGUGGUCAUGCACGGCGUGGGAGCCCGUCAUCGAGACCGCCCACUUUGACGGCGCCGACGAGCUGCCCAACGGCAUCCCGGCCACGGUCAAGCGCGGCGACACGCAGCUCGCCGUGUGGCGCUUCAGGGGCAAGUACUAUGCCACGCGGCAAGUGUGCCCGCACAAGAGGGCCUUUGUCCUCUCGGACGGCCUGGUCGGGCACGAUCCCACAAGGCCGUGCUCCGACGACGCCGAGCACCAGUCUGCCGCCCCGGCGUCGGCGCCCUGGAUCUCAUGCCCGAACCACAAACGCAACUUUGACCUGGUGGGCGGCUCCUGCAGCAGCGACGGGUCCCUGUCCAUCGCUACCUUCUCGGCGGAACCGCGCGGAGACGGCCUGCUGUACAUCAAACCGCCGCCACUGGGGGAGCUGGAUACCGGAUUGGGGACUACAAGAUGGAGAGUCCGCAAGGGAGAGAGUGGCGACUCGCCCUUUGCAGAGCUCGACAAGAAGGUGCAGCUGCUGGGGAGAAAGUCGCGGAAAGUCAACGGAAUCAAGCCGGCCGUGGACGGCCCCGUCAACGGAAUCAACAGAACAGGCUCGGAAACGGCCCGUCCUGCUGUCAUGGCUGGUUGUGGGAGUGCACCGGACUGGUGA